AUGUCCCAACUUGAUGGAUAUUCUAUUAUGAUUGUUUCAAAAUAUUUUAAAACGAUAGAAGACUUCAAAGUUAUUACUUGUGUUUGUAAAAAGUUUCGGGAAAACACACAAAAAUUUCAUUUUAACCCAAUUCAACUCACAACAUCAACUCUUCAUUUAUUUCCUAAUGUGGAAACGUUUCAUUUUUACAAAGGAUCAGAAAACAUAUUUUGGCAAGAUUUUAUAUUUAACAAAAAAAUUAAUCCAACGCAAUUUUAUAAAAUGAUUGUUUGGUGUUUAGUUGAUUAUAACUUGACACAAAUAUGGGAGUAUAACAACAUAGAAUUUAAAAGAGUGAUAUACACCCGAAAUGAUGUCAAUAAAUAUGGUGUUGUAAUCCCUAUGAAUGUGUGUUCUCUUCAUCAAAGAGUGUUUUAUAACAUGCCAAUAUCUACAAUAGAACUUCCUUGUCAUUUAAGUGCAAUUCGACAAUUCGCAUUUUUUUGUUGUUCAAACUUGAAAGAAAUCACUCUCACAAACCACAUUAAAACAAUUGGAAAUUCUGCAUUUUUAAAUUGCUCUUCACUUAAAAAGGUUGUUAUACCAAACAGUGUCACAUCCCUUGGAAUGUGCUGUUUUAGUCGCUGUUAUUCCUUACAAUCGAUAAGUGUGCCAAGUAGUUUACUUAUUAUCAACGACAAUUGUUUUUCCUAUAACCAUAGCCUCAAAGAAAUAAAAUUAAGUGAAGGAUUGAAUACUCUUGGAUUUUGUCGGUGUUUCCAACUCUGUGAAACGCUCGAAGAAAUAACAUUUCCCAAGUCAAUCAGUCAAAUUCCAAGUCACACAUGUUAUCGUUGUGGAAAACUGUCAAAAAUAGUUUUAAGUGAAAGUCUGACCCGUAUUGGAAAUGGAAGCUUCCAAGAGUGUGGAAUACGUGAAUUACACCUUCCACAAAAUGUUGUUGAAAUAGGUAAGAAGGCAUUUUUUAAAUGUUUCCAAUUAUCAAAAGUAGAAUUUAAUAAAGGAAUUACUGCAAUACAAACAAAAGCUUUUUGUUGUUGCAUAUUAUUAAAUACAGUAAAUAUUCCAGAUACUGUUGUAUUUAUUGGUAAAUGUGGUUUCGAAAAAAAUGUUGUUUUUACUGGAAAAAAAGGAUUAAUUUAA